AUGGAUUUACUAAAAAUAUUGGAUACCAAACCUAUCCCAUCCAUCGCAGAUGCAAGAACGUUAGGUGUGUCAGGGAACACAUCUGGAGACUAUUGGCUACCCACGACCAUGUCUCUUUAUCAAAAAGAACUCACUGAUCAAAUUGUAUCUUUACAUUAUUCUGAUAUUCUUAGAUAUUUCGAAACGGAAGAUUAUAAAGAAGAUGUAGUCCUCGAAUCAAUGAGAACAAUGUGUACAAAUAGUGAGUUGGUAUCAACGCAUCCAUUCCUACUAAUAGACCAUUUUCUACCAAAAUCAUUGAUUACCAAGGAUGUACCAUUACAUAUGGUCGAAACAAGUGGUAAAUUUGCUGCAUUAAGAGAUUUGAUCAAUUUAGUACAAGAAUAUGAAACUAAUACUGCUAUUGUAUGUAGACCAGGUAGAACAAUGGAUUUACUAGAGGCUUUACUUCUGGGUAAUAAAGUAAAUAUCAAGAGAUAUGACGGUAACUCAAUCAAGUCUAAACAAAAACCAAAAUCUCAUUCGUGUAUUUGUCACAUCUUCCCCUCUAAGAAUUGGGACAAAUCUAAAUUCCCCAUUAAGGAUCCCAAUCAAUUUGAUAUGUUAAUUGCACUUGACAACACUGUAGCUACCAAUGAUGCUGAUAUUCAACAGAUUUUAAAACAUUUAAGAAAUGGUAGGGGGAAAACUGCAAAGGCUCCUAUUGUAAGAUUAAUCACGAUAAAUUCAAUAGAUCAUUGUAGCGCCUAUUUUGGUAAAAAAUAUGGUAAAUCAAGUGAGAAAUAUUUGGAGAAAGUUACUGCAGCAGUAGUGAUAUUGAGAGAUCGAGUAGGAACGUUGCCUCCUGAUUUAAGACCCAUAUAUGCACAAAAUCUUAAUUAUCUACUGGAUUGGUUGGAAGAUCCAAGUAUCCCAUGGCCAUUACCUGACAUGUACCCUAUAAAGGAUUAUACUUCGAUGGAUGUUGAGAGAUCCUUACUCACUGAAGUCCAUUAUACACAAGUCGAAGACGACUUGGAGGAAGCGUUUGCUACUAAAAAGAGAGGUCGCCAAAAACAGGAUAAAGGGAACAUUCAAACUACUACUAAAAAAAUACCAUUUUAUAAUACCAAAAGAGUCAAAAAUCAAUAUUCAACAAACCCACUGAAACAGGAUAUGUCACAGUUGACUGGUAUCAGCACAGGGGAUGAUUCCUCUGAUGUAGACUAUCAUUUAUCAAGCGGAAUCAUCACACACAAACUUCUCCAAUCAAUAGGCGAUAAAUAUAAGGCAAUCGAACUUCAAAGACAAGAACUGAAUGACUAUAAAUCUUUAAAUCCUAUACAGAAUAGCCAUAUUGAUCUUUAUAAUGAUGAAAGGUCCAAAAUCAAUGCAAAAUACUCAAAUUCCAUGACGAAACUGAGAGUUAAUACGGAUUCUGUAAAUAAAAUGGAAAAAGAGAUAUCGAAUUAUAAGGAAAUCAUUAGCAAGUUAGAAAGACAGUUUGAAAAGCAUUUACAAGAUUUGGGAGAAAAAGGUGGGGACUAUAAUAAACUCAGGGAAUUAUAUGUGUCUAAACUAGAAGUGUGUGACGCAAUUGAGAAAUCAGAAGAUGUUAAUAAAUUUAGGGAGUCAGAAAAUGAAUAUAUGCAAAAGGAGAUUGAAAGAGCAGAAAAGUCAAUAGCUGAUCUACAAAAGGAGACAGAGUCAACUGUACAUGAAAUUACUACUUCGGAAAUUUCAAUAAAGGAAACAAUUGAUAAAAAUGCGAUGGAGAAGGAUGGUUUACUUCAAAAAAUUGAUGAAAUGCAAAAUGUAUUACGAAUAGAAAAGUCUGAAUAUUUGAAUUUGAAAAAUGAUAUGUCCUCGGUGCAAGAAAGACUAAGCAAUAUUCCAACCCCAAGAAUACGUCCCACAGGAAAUAAACGCUAA